AUGGGCACAAGAGGAUUGAUGUACACAGCAACACUUGCAACUAUCUGCGUUGUACUGCUUGCUUGUGUUUUAGUUGAGGGUGAGGUGAACAGAGCGAAUGAGAUAUCGGCAUUUGAUGUGGGUAUUCAAGACGAGAUGUGUGAUGCAAGCAGUGGGGAGUGUGAAGAGGAGGGACAUGGGAGGGAACUGUGGGGUAGGCGUUACUACAUAAGUUAUGGAGCACUGAGUGCAGAUCGAAUACCAUGUCGUCCACGCUCAGGAAGAUCAUAUUAUUCUCGCAACUGUUGGGGAAGAGGUGGUGGAGCUGUAAAUCCAUACCGCAGAUCAUGCACAGCUGUCACUCGCUGCUAUCGAUGGACUUUCUAA